AUGGGUGACAGGUCUCUAUCGCCGCAGAGUGUGUCCAGUGAGAACGUCGACACUGGGAGGAUGCUCAAAGCUAGUAGCAGCAACAACAGUGCCGUGUCACUGGACAAGUACCAUGAGCCGUCGACUUUGGAGAAGUUGCAACAGUUGACGGAACUCAAUAUUAGAAGACUUAAUGGGACGCCCGUCACCGCUGGGUCCAGUAUGGGCAAUGCAGCUAGUGUUGCCUCGAACAACUUCAGUCUCCCGCCGAUUUCAUCAUUCGAUAACCUCGUGAGAGCAGCAGAGAGACAGUAUAACGAUAACGGUACACUCGUCAUUGGGGAUGGGGCCCCACGGGGCAGAACGCAGCGUCCAGCGAGUGUCACAAAUAGUAGUAACAGCAGUCGUGGGAGUAACACGAGUGACGCGGCGGGGCGUGGUGGGGCUGCACUUGGUUCAUCGCCGUUGGAUUCAGAGGCGCAGAGCCCGAUAUCACCCGCAGGGUCUGGUACAGCCGUGCGGGACACAACUGCCACAACAACAACAACAACAGGCAGCAGCAGCAGUAGUAAAGUAACGAAACCAAGGAGGAAGAAACAGUGUCCGAUCUGUUUCAACUACUACGCGAACUUGUCCACGCACAAAUCAACACACCUCACACCGGAGGAUAGACCGCAUAGGUGCCCAGUGUGUCAGAGAGGGUUUGCUCGGAAUAACGACCUCAUAAGACACAAGAAGAGACACUGGAAGGAUGUGGACCAACCCAUUGGUGAUGACACUGACCCUGUUUCUGGGGAAAAGUUCCCGGAACAGGCCACUGAACACGACAAGUUGAUCGCACUCCACAGGAUCAAGGGCACAUUCAAGUGUCCCUUCAACUCAACACUCAUCCAGCUAGAUAUGGAGAUGUACCCGUUCAAGUCGCGUCCACUACUGUUUGAGACAUCAAACUGUCAUUCAACUGGGGUUUUCUCCAGAUGCGACACUUUCAAGAACCAUCUCAAGGCAUUGCACUUCGAAUACCCACCGGGGACAAAGAAGAAGGAGAGAACUGUCGUCCCUGGUAGGUGCAGGAACUGCGGAGUCAAGUUCCCGAACGUGGACACAUGGCUCACGGAACACGUCGGCAAACAGUGCGGGUACACGUACCACUGA